AUGGCGCACUUCAUCCCUACAAAGACGACAGCAACCACAGCGGAUACCAUAGAACUCCUCGCUGAUAGAUUGAUUAGAUACCACGGAUUUCCAGACGUUUUGAUAUCCGAUCGGGAUCCCCGCUUUCAAUCGCACCUUUGGCAGCAGCUAUAUCAGCGUUUCCACAUUAAGAGAGCUAUGUCUUCCCCUUACCACCCGCAAUCAGAUGGAAAAACGGGGCGAGUUAACCGCACACUGGAGCAAAUGCUCCGAACCUACAUUCAAACGGAUGAACGAGAGUGGGAACGGCUGUUACCUGCGCUAGAGCUCGCCUAUAAUACUACUAGCCAUUCGUCAACGGGGCUUAGCCCCUUCGAGACUAUGAUCGGCCAAAACCCGGUCACAGCGGCAGAUCUGGAUACUGUGGGCAAUCGUGCGCCUACCCUCAUCCCGCCAAUGACGAAAUUAUUUCAGCAGUUAUGCGUUAGGGCUCAAAGCCAUAUCCUCAAAGCAAAGUGGCAGCAAAAACGUUACGCCGAUGCUCACCGCCGCGAUGUCCAAUACAAUCCAGGAUAUCAGAUUUGGAUCAGCAGCCGCCAUCUUCCAGGCCUCAACCAAUGCCCCAAGCUUGAGCCCCGGUUCCGUGGACCCUUCACAAUACUAGAACGCAUUGGACAGGUAGCUUACCGCAUCGCGCUCCCUUCUACUUAUUCAUGUCAUAAUCUCUUUCAUGUGUCUCAGCUCGUUCCUGACCGCCCCCGCGAACCGCAGAUGCAGUCCAAGGAAGCCGCCGUUGGAUGGCUCCCAAUAACGGGCCCGGAUGGCACUCCUACUGACACCUAUGAAGUGGAGUACAUUCUCAACCAACGCGGCUCGGGACAAGAUAUCCAGUACCUCGUUAAGUGGCGCGGCGCUACCGAGGACCGCGCAACCUGGGAGCCGGCUGCCAAUCUCACCAACUGUCCCACCAUUCUUCGGGCGUGGCGCCGUUAUUUCAAGCGUGCGAGGGACAACCAGCGAAGACCCCAGGAUGUCGCAUCGAGCUCUGCGCACACUACUGUAGCAGGGCCCUCUUCGCAGCCGCUUUUCUCGCGAGGGGGGGAAGGAGUGGCGCGGCGCCCUCCUGCAGCCUCACCACUCAGGGCACAAGACAGCACAAAGGAGCCGGAGAGAAAUAUAUCGUCGGGAAGUACUGUAGACUCGCAGGCGGGUCCCGAAAGGUGUACCAGUUGA